GACACAGUGGACUGGUCAUGAUUUGAAGACUGCCGGACUUCAAUGUAAUGACAAAUUAAAUUAAAGUUGGACUUACAGAUAACUUAGAAAUCCGUGAUUUAUAGACUUGACAUCUAAGGACCUUACGCAAAGUGUUUGCUUUACGGGCAUGUUUUGAAAAACUGUCCUCACAGGACUGGUGUAUAGACAGUAAACAAUGUCAGAACUUCGUGGGUCGCCACCUCUAACGCGGAACCUGGAGAACGGUUUCGGCGCGCCGCUGGCCGCGCUGAGCUCGCUGGCGGAGGCUCCGCCGCCGGCGCCGAACCCGCACGGCAUCGACCACAUCCUGUCGCGGCCGGUGGGCGGCUCGGUGGGCAUGGGCGGCAUGCUGACGCCGCGGCUGUCGCUGGCGGCGGCGGCGGCGGGCAUGGCGCACUACCUCCAGCACAAGCCGCUCUACUGGCCUGGCUUCCAAGGCCUGGUAUCCAACCCGAUGGCGUGGAGAGACCGGCUGCAAUCCAUGAGCAACGGCGCACUGAGCGCGUGCGCACAAGGUGGGAUGGACAAGGACGGCAAGAAGAAACACACGCGGCCCACGUUCAGCGGCCAACAGAUAUUCGCGCUGGAGAAGACAUUCGAACAGACCAAAUACUUGGCGGGGCCCGAGCGAGCCAAGCUUGCGUACGCGCUUGGCAUGACAGAAUCGCAAGUCAAGGUAUGGUUUCAAAAUAGAAGAACAAAAUGGCGAAAAAAGCACGCGGCCGAAAUGGCGACCGCCAAACGCAAACAAGAAGAGCUCGGCGACGAGUGCGACGACCAGGAGCCCCAGGACAACGACCCCUGCAGCGACGAGGACGACGCCAAGCGGCCGCGCCUCGACCUCCACCACCCCAUGCACCACCUGCCUCACCACCGUCAGUGAUCACUCCCGACAGGCGUCAAAGACUAUGAACCCAACGCCUGUGCAAAAUCUAGUGCUCCCAGUGACAUUUACAGACCACCCAGUGACGUUGGUUGGUACUCCUUCCCUGAAGAAGGCCCUUGUGAUCUCUCCAACUGGCAGGUCAAAAUGAAUAAGUUCGAACAGAGUAUGGCGGAGAACGAGAGAGAGAUUGCCACCAGCGAGGUGGAUAGUGAACAAGGUGUUAGUGAAACGAACGAUGAUGCUCAGCCCAUCAAUUUUGCGUAUUAUCAUUUUUAAUAAGAUGUAGGAUUUUAUCCGUUGCUGGCACACCAGAAUAGUAUGUAUAUUUCUGCUCUUUAUGAAUAAGAGCGUGUUUAUAUAGAAAUGUAACAUACAUUGUUCAUGCCCUUUUUGCAAGUCUAAUUGAGAGGACAUACAAUGGGUCUAAGACCUAAAAAUAAAAAGUUUUAUUUUAAUAUUUAUUUUAAAUUGGAAAGUUUUAUACCUGCUAGAUGUGCAGCAACGUUAGUACUUUAAAUUGAAGCUUGAUCUUUAAUGUUGUAAAUAGCUACAUCUAAGUAGUCAUGUGAUAAAAUAAGUAUUUAUUAUAGUUAGAUUUUACAUGGUACUAAAUGUAUUUUGUGAGUAAUUACUAAUAAUUGUACAUUUUAUGCUCCCGGUGCCAAUUUUCCUAUAAGUAGAAACAUUUAGUAUUAGUAAGUAUAAGACCUGUGGUUGUCUGCGACCUAUAAAUUGCGAUAUGUAGCAGAGUGCAGAGUGUAGAAUAAAAACGUCAUUAUAUACAUCUGAAACCUACCUAUGUUAUAAAAUAGUGAAAUGUUGAUCUAAACAAUGUAAUUUGAUUAGAUCCACAAGUUGAUUGAUUAUUAGAACAAUUGUCAUAAAUAGGUACCAGUAAACCAUUACCCAUAAAUACGAAUUAUUCCAUUUUAGCACUAUAUGAAAUGAAUACAAAUUCAUCAAUAUGAAAAACCGUUAUGAUCGUUUCGAUUCUACUUUCUGACAGUGAUUCAUCUGUUACUGUAUAUUUGGGAUAACAAAUAACGAUACCAACGAUCCCGACAUGUCGAACCUAAUGUGUAUAUCAAACUACAAGUAUGAGUUGAAGAUUUAACAAUUGUCAAGUAAUUUUUAUUUUCUGUGUGAUAUGUAGAUAGCAAACUGCUAGCUCUCACUUUUCUUACUGUGUCAUGCCUUGCAAGUAAAAGCUCUCCUGAGCAGAACAUAUGACACAACUUAUGGAUAAUAACUGUCAUAACUGAUUAUGAUAAUAUAUAUGAGUAUAUUGCCAAAAAUUAAAUAAUAACGCUUGUUUCCUGUACCACUGAAUACGCGUUGUUUGGCUUUGUUUUAACAUAGCAGCCAAUUGCUUAAACCAGGCGAUACCCAGCUCCCUCACGGAUGUAUUUGCCAUAUUUUUUUUAUCCUAGUUCAUAAAACAAAUUGUAAAUAUGGAAUGAUUUCAAAAUAUUGUUCAAAUAAAUCAUAAUAUUGAAAAUUUACGACCACGUUGUCGCCCUGCAAUAUGUAAAUUGUACAUUUAAUUUAAGAAAUGUAAAUAGAUAUUUAAACGAAUUUAACAAAUACUGUAAUUGUAAAAACAAGGAUUGAUAACCACGCAAGUUGUAUAUACAAAUAGGUUAAGAUGCAAUCAGUCAGUGCAAAGCUGAACUGAAAUUUUAUUUCCAUCGGAGCAUGCAUAUGCUUCUAGGUAUCUACCAAAAUAAAAAGCACCCGUCAGAUGUUACUGUAUACCGAUUAUUUAUUAAAAAAUUAAAUGUCAUUGACAUAAUUUAGAGGAAAAUUACAAUUUUUAUGUAAAAUAUUGCAACAAGGACCUAUACUUAUGAUCUAAUAUUCAUAUUUUAGUAAAGCCCGUUUUUAUUUCCGCAUCUACCUAGGAAACAUAGGACUGUUUAUUUAACUUUUACUGACGAUAUCAAACUUAGGUAUACAAGGUGUAACAAAAGUAGUGGGUAUCCGAGUAUGCUUAAUAUUCGGCAUCGUGUUCUGAUUAGGGAAAAGUAGAAGAAAAAAAAAUCUGUCGAAAAAAUAUGUUGGCCUUUGUAUGGAGGGUGGGACUUGGCCGAAAAAUAAUGUUUUUUAUACUUUUUCCUGAUCAGAACACUAUACUAAAUAUGCCCUUAAAGGGAUCCCUACUAUUUUGUUACAACCUGUAUAUUCCUAAAUCAAAUGAGUAAUACAAUGUUUGUCAGAAUUGGCACGCUCAGCCCUAUUUUAUCAAAAUGACAAUUAUCACCUGACACUACCAAUUAUAAUAACUAUAUACUGUUUUUUUAACUUUGACAGGAAAUAGUUUAGAACGCUUGUUUGUUUCUUACACAGAAAAUAUAUGGUGUAGUCAUCGAGCAACACCGGCUUCCGACACGUCAGAAGGGAGGAACCCAAGCGAUAUCUUACCGUACAAAUCAUUCUGCCAUUGUAUGCGGGGAGAAACGUGCACACAGUCGCACUUCUCACUCACUACAUACAAAAUGCUAUCUGUAAUGCAAUGACGACACAAAUACAUAGAAAAUGACACACGUCAAAGACAAAUCUUGCAAAGUCCGAUCUGUUUUCGUGUGCGGAUAAGUCACAAGCGUCACAACACGCACCGCGCUAUGCCUAGUUGGGCAUGUGCUGCAGCAGAGGGGAAAUAGUGCGAAUACCGACUCCCUUCCCGGGGUGUUGCUCGAAGGAUGUAGUGCUUUAUAGUUAAAAAAACAGACAAAUAACUUCAGGGUUCUUAGUUGACUACUACAGAAUCCUGAAAGGUAGAUGGCAAUCCUGUAGUAAUAAUAUAUAUCGCAAAAGAACAUUAGCGGUUAAAUGUGACAAUUGUCAGAUCGUAAAUAGGGGCGGCGGACUUUGGUUUUGUGGGGAAAAUGUCAGCUAAGUGAAACUAUCAGCCUUUAACACAUUCACUGCCAGCGAGAACUAAUACGCACUACGAGCGUAGCUGAUAACACCGGAUAAACCGUAUGUAGCAAAAAGCGCCUACGAACAGAGAACCCGCCUAGCAGGUCGAUGGCAGUGAAUUUGCAAUAUUCAGCCUUUUUACAAUCUACAGGAUAAAUAUGUAAAUAAGUAUUGUUAUCGUCAGCUAACAAACUGAACACACGUUUGAGAACUAACAGUUUUGUUAUAUGAGUAGAUAGAUGACUUAUUUUCUUAAAAUAAAUUAUGUGAAAAAUAUGCCUCAACUAAAUACCUACAAAUAUCAUGUAUUAAUGACAUGAACCAGCGCAACCAUGAGUGAAAGCAAUUUAAACAGUUCUUUACAAAUAUGAAAUAUUAGUUUAAAAUAGGUUAUUAUGAGCUUCAACACGUAUGUGCUUUUCACUAUCAUAGUUAUGCCGUUCAUACCGAUCAAAAUUAGAUUGUAGACUUGCCGUGGGAUCGACAUAAGUGGUUGAAUAAAACAGUUAGUAAAAUAUUA